CGCCAACUGUUCAACAUUGCCAUCGAUCCUAAGCGAUUCCACGAAUAGCGCAGGGAACUCGCAGCGAUCAUACACAUUCAUUCCCUCAUCUACGACUUCAUCGUUACCGACUCCGGUACGAUCUCAGCCAAUUCGCCCGAACACCUUCAUUGUCACUGACUCCCGCAGAAACUCAACCAAACCGCAACCAUGUUGAUUCCAAAGGCAGAUAGGAAGGCUAUCCAUGAGUACAUCUUCAGAGAAGGUGUCAUGGUGUGUGAGAAGAACUACGAGCUUCCAAAACACCCGGAUGUGGACGUCAAGAACCUCUAUGUCAUCAAGGCUUGCCAAUCCCUCACUUCUCGCGGCUACCUCAAGACCCAAUUCGCCUGGCAAUACUACUACUACACCUUGACCCCCGAAGGUCUUGACUACCUCCGCGAAUGGCUUCACUUGCCAGCUGAGAUUGUCCCUACGACCCACAUCAAGCAGCAACGCUCGCACGCUCCUCCACGUGGCAUGAUGGGUGGUGACGAACGCGAACGACGUGGUGGUGGCCGUGGCGGUCCUAGAGGAGAUCGUGAGGGCGGAUACCGUCGUCGUGAUGCUGGUGAGGGCAAAGAAGGUGGUGCGCCGGGCGAGUUUGCUCCUACCUUCCGUGGUGGAUUCGGUCGUGGUCGCGGUGCUGCUCCCAGCUCCUAAACAGUUCGACCUGGAUCUUGCAUGAAACAGCUUGACAUGAAUCUUGCAUGAAAGGGGAUUGAAGAUGCCGUACUACGUACGGUGCUGGACAAUAUCUGAUGGUCGGAAUCAUUCGAUAAUGGGGCUACAACCAGCAGUGGACAGAAGAUUGAAAUCAGAGUAGUCGCGGAUCUUUGCUGGUCCUGCGCGCUCCUGAAUCUUCAGAGAAUCAAUGAAAAUGCCAUGUGAUCGGCCACAACUUC